AUGUCCCCGGUCGUCUUUGCUUUCCAGAAUCCGGAGCGCGCGAGAUAUCUGAAUCCGCACAUUUCCUACAGUAUAUGGAAUCUAGAUGAAGAUAACAGCACCGUUACGCGGUAUCAUGAUUUCAGAUCGGCAAACUGGACCGGCAAUGACCCCUACCUUGCACACGAGUUCUUUGCCUUAAGCAACGAGGGUCGGUGGAGAGUGAGAUGGAGCCUGACCUGGCAGAGUUGCAACAAGUAUGCCUUUGAAAAUCAUCUCAACGUGGCCGGUAUGUUCCGCAACACGUCUACUUGGUCAACCUGGUUCACCAUUCAGAGUUCCGCCCCCAAUGUGGAUCUCGUUGCUGCCACAGCAAACAAGACAUGUCCAGGGGAAUACGGCGUGACAAUCGAUGUGACCGACAAAACCAUGCAGAUCCCGCGGGGCAUUGAUUGGUCUGGCGGGGACUAUACCAAUGACACAUGCGCAGUGGUGGCGUCCUCCACUCCGACUCCCAGACCGGAUCCUUGUCGUGUCAAUAUUGACAAGACCAUUGUCGCAAGCAUGGAGGCGUCUUUGAAAACUCGCUUAUACAACGGAUUAAACCCGCCAACCGAUUGCCCGAGGACAACAAGAAUGCCGCACAACAACUGGUUGUGA